CACUCCAAGACAUACUGGUAGGUUCAUUGGCUCCUGUCUAAAUUGGCCCUAGUAGCGCCAAAGGGUUUGCUCAGUGCUGUACAAUAGCGAGGGGCAGGGGCGGACUGACAACUCAUGGGGCCCCCGGCAAUAGGGGAUCAUUGGGCCCCUGUGUCCUUGCCCAAACUCAAAAAAGCCUAUGAAAAAGGUACCAGGGGCAUCUCAUGGGGCCCCCUACUGACCCCAGGCCCUCGGGCAGUGCCCGAAUUUCCAAAUGGUCAGGCCGCCCCU